AAAAAAUUAUGGGACGAAUGAAAAUAUGUGAUUAUGUAUUAUUUUAAAGUAUUUAAGCGUUUUAAAGCUGUGAAUAUCUAUAGUAAAUUGAAAAAACCUUAGCAUUAAAACAAUAACAUAAAAUAGCAAUAUCAACAACAUGAGCAGUAGUCACCAAUAUUUACAAAAUUCCAAUGCUUCUAAAAGCGUCUCCACAAGAUUAGGUGAUAUCGAACACUUGACACAAUUAUCUGAAAAUUUGGCAUCACUUUGCCUCAGUCAUGAAUAUUCCGACAUUAUUUUGGUUGUGGAGGGUCAAAAAUUGCAUGCUCACAAAGUAAUAUUGGCUGCUCGAAGUGAUUAUUUUAGAGCCUUAUUAUAUGGAGGGUUGAAAGAAUCUACCCAAGCAGAAAUAGUUUUACCAGAUGCACCUCUUAAGGCCUUUAAAUUUCUUCUCAAAUAUAUUUAUACAGGUCAUAUGUUUUUGAUGACCCUUAAGGAAGAUGUAAUAUUAGAUGUGUUAGGUUUGGCUCACCAGUAUGGAUUUCAAGACUUGGAAGCAGCCAUAUCAGAUAUACUAAAGCAAUUGUUGGCACUGAGAAAUGUGUGUGCCAUACUGGACACAGCACAUUUGUUCGGUUUGGAUAAAUUAGUUUCUGUUUGUCAUAAUUUUUUAGAUAGGCAUGCCACGGAAAUAUUACAGCAUGAGAGCUUUCUACAACUAUCUCAGAGAUCUUUAAUAGAACUCCUGGAACGCGACUCUUUUUUCGCGCCGGAAGUGGAGAUAUUCCGGGGCGUGUGCCACUGGUGCAAAGCGAACGAGGACUCGAACGAUUUGUCGAUGAAGUGCGUCCGGUUGCCGUUGAUGAGCGUGGCCGACCUGCUGUCCGUCGUCCGUCCGGCCGGACUCGUCAAACCGGACUCCUUGCUCGACGCCAUAGCGGAAAGGACCAACGUCCGGCUGAGCAGCUUGCCCCACAGGGGACAGCUGGUGAUAGAGGAAAACGUGGCCAGUCCAAGACUGGGAUCCAAAGUAGUGGGGGGUGAGUUGAUGGAGUACCUCCUUGACGGAGACUACUACACCUACGACAUGGACAAAGGAUACACUAGACACUCCAUUAACGGGCCUGCUGACCAAGGCAUAAUCGUCAAAUUGGGAUUUCCUUCCAUCAUAAACCACAUAAGAAUGUUGCUGUGGGACAGAGACUUAAGAUCCUACAGUUAUUACAUUGAAGUGUCGAUGGAGCAGAAAGAUUGGGUGCGCGUGGUGGAUUACAGCCAGUACUGCUGUCGAUCUUGGCAGUACUUGUAUUUCGAAAGGCGCGUGGUACAAUACGUUCGAAUAGUAGGCACUCACAACACGGUUAACAAAGUUUUUCAUUUGGUUUCCUUCGAGGCGUCUUGCGUCGCCAAUAUACCCAAAAUGGUGAACGACAUCAUUUCCCCUAAUUACAAUGUGGCAACGUUGGAUAAAAGCGCCGUUGUCAUCGAGGGUGUGAGCCGUUCUAGAAAUGCCUUACUUAAUGGCGAUACGAAACAUUACGAUUGGGAUUCAGGAUACACUUGUCAUCAGUUAGGAUCAGGGGCUAUAUUAAUUCAACUAGGUCAGCCGUAUAUAAUUUCUUCCUUACGCCUUCUUUUAUGGGAUUGUGACGAUAGAAGCUACAGUUAUUACAUAGAAUCUUCGGUAAACGUUUGGGAUUGGGAAAUUGUCGUGGAUUAUACCAGGGAAAGUUGUAAAUCCUGGCAAGUGAUUAAAUUCCCUCCUAGACCCGUUGUUUUUAUAAGAAUCGUCGGAACACAUAAUACCGCCAACGAGGUGUUUCAUUGCGUACAUUUUGAAUGUCCGUCGAGUUGUGAUAAUUUGGCGACGUGCUCCAAGAGCACUAGCGCCGUUUCUGGCGGAGCAAAGGAAGCUUCGGCUUCGGGAGAGGACCCUGUGGCACAACCCACUGAAACCGCCACGGAAGCGGAAGAAAUUCCGGCGGAAGCCGCCGGUGAAAAUUUAUCAGAUUAAAUUAAUUCAAUAAAUUUUCGUUGUUGGAGCUUUAACGAUUAUAAUUAUAUUUUUCUAGAAAAUAUCGACAAGAAAAAACUGUUAUAAAUAAAUAAAUAUUCACUGUUCAUUGAAGAUGCCUUUUGUAAGAUUAUUAAAGCAAUAAAUAAAAUUAUGGAUAUACAAACAUUUAUUGUUUUUGAUUAAGGCGAUGCAGUGAAAUAAAAGUUCGUGUGUAAACUGUUAAGUUAUGUUUACACGCGAAAUCUUAUUUUGCAUGUACUUGUGCAAACUCGCCUAAAGACAUUUCAUGUAAUUAAAUUAUAAUAAAAAGUUUUUAACUGUU